AUGGGCCCGAUUCUUUUCAGCUUCCUUUUUGCCCGAUUGCUGGAGGCGGCCGGCUGCCUUGGUUUCCUCGAGGCAUCUCACGCAAUGCACGAGCCUCUUUUGCCCACGUUCACCGCGUUCUCCCAUCAAGUGGACUCUACUCGUGAGUCUGCAGCAAUCUGUGACAGCGGUUGCCCCACUUCGGUCCCCUGCCAGCAGAUGAGGUUAAGCCAGACAUGCAAAGUGGCCGAAUCUAUAGGCUGA